AUGGGUUUAAUCAUCGGAGUUAUACGUGUUGGUGUUGUCGGAGUGUUAGUAUUUUUAAACAGAAGUCAUUUGAUUGAAUCGUAUCAUGUUUUACGGAAUGGCAUGCCAAAGAAAAUGGUGAAAUGUGUUGAUCGUAGAGUAUUAAGGAAUAUUACGAAAGGGGAAUCCAGGAAAUUCAAUAUGCUGGUAAGUCUUAGUGAGAAAUCUAUCAACUCAGGUGUUCAAGUCAAUUUACAGCCUGUAGUUACCGUAUCCAGUAGUAUUGACAAAGAAGAGUUUCAAAAAAUGAAGGAAAUAAAUCUGAAUUUGAAAAAUAGGUUGACGGAAUUGGAAGAAAUGAUCAGACGCGCUGAUGAAAAACAAAAGGCUCGGGAUCUACAGGAUUUAACGGGCAAGGUAGAUAAAUUGUCAAAUUACCAGCAGUCGUUAAAGGAUAAAAUCGACUGUGAACUCAUGACUAUCGGGAGCGACGUUGAAACUAUUAAAAACUGUUAUGGCUUAUUAAAUACAAUAUUCCACGAGCUAGACAAUAAAUUUAUCUCAUUCGAAAGGAAAGUGGAAAAGCCGAUACGCAAAUAUGACUCAAUAAAGACGAGGAUCAGAACCCUAGAAAGAGAUGUAAUGAAAAAUACUUCACACGUCAUCGGUAUGGACCAUUCAAACCGUUCGAUGGAGUCGUGGACAAGACUGCAAUACUUCGGGUCCACUGGAAUGUUUCCUUCAGAUAACCGCUGUUACGGUGAACCAGCUGCAUUCGAUGCAGCUUCAUCUUAUUACGAUAUGCCACCAGUGCCGAGACCACCGGCUCAGUAUUUUCUACCCCCGAUGACACAGUUUCGUCCGCCGUCACCGCCACCCGCACCCCCGGCGCCUAAUGAAUAUUUUCGGCCACCGCCGCCCAUACUCCCGGAGCCUAGUGCAUUUUUUCCGAAACCAAACACUAUGACUCUGAAAAACCCGGGAUUGAAGGUGACGGGUUCUGACGAAUCUGCAAGCUCUUCCUCGGCGAUCACACCGAAAGUAGAGAAAGUGUACAACCAGAUCCCGAUAACGACUGCUAUGCUCAAGUCCGUUGUUCUCAAGCCGCCGGCCGAGAGGAAGAGAGUAAGUACAUCAGAGGCGAUAUAA